AUGAAAAAAAGCAACUCUGUAAGGCGACAAGCGCAUUGGAAAUUGCGUUUUGCGCACUUAUUUUUACCCCUUCGCAAUGGCAGCACUCUGUAUUGCGUAAACGACUGUCAAAUCUGUGCGUUUAACGUAUUUUUGAUUCGAUAUCAAACUGGCAAACGCAACGGACAAAAAAUGGAACAUUCAAAAAAUAAACAGACAAACCCAACACAGUUCGAAAUUUUAAUCAAUUUUAUGAAUACACAUUCGGAACUUUCCAAAGGACAACUUAAAACUGUGGACGCGAAAAAUGCAGCAAAUAAUUUGUGGAAAGAGUUGGUAUGUGACCUUAAUGCUGCGGGGCCACCAUCGCGCGAUGUUUUAAAAUGGAAAAAGGUUUGGUCGGAUUAUAAAACCCAUUUAAAAGCAAAAAUGCGGCGGAACAAAGUAAGCAUUUCUGGAACUGGUGGUGGUCCUCCAAGUCAUUGCUCCUUAACACCGUUGGAGGAGCAGGUUAGUGAACUUCUGGCAAUGGAAAUAUCCGUCAGUGGAAUAAGCGGCACCUCAGAAUUUGGUGCAGCACAAUUAACACAACCAAGUGGGUCAGACAUCCAGAGCCGGAACUAG